AUGAGUAAAAUCAGAGCUGGUCCAAAAUCUGGUAGAAAACAGUUGAGAGAGAUCACUAGAGCUGGUCAGAAAAGAGUAAGAUAUGAUGACGAAGCAACGGUAGCAGACUUAACCCCUGAUAAUGAAAGUGAUUCUGAUAAUGCAGAGCCAUCUGUUGCAGCUGAAAGAGAAGAUGUUGAGCAACAUAGAGGACAAGCUUAUAAUGCGUUGUUAACUUUAUUAAAGUCAGAACAUCCAGAAAGGAAACACAAAUCAAAUAAGAAGAUCAAGAAAGAUUCCCAACGCGCUGAGGAAGACAGUCCUGAAAACGAUGGAAUUAAUAGUGAAGAUGAACAACAAAAUAUUGAAAAUGCUUUGGAUGAUGUUUCUGGAGGAGUUGUGGAUGAGGAAGAUAUGGAAGAUUCAUUAUCUGACGUUGAUGAGAGCGAAGAUGAAUCCGAUCCAUUCGAAUCACAUUUCAGCAAAUAUAGUGAAUCACGCUUAUAUGCUUUCGAUAAAGGCUUCAAAGACAAGACUGUCAAAUACAAAUCUUCGAAAACAGAUGUUUCGGAAGAAGAAUCUCUAAUAUAUUCCAAACCGUGUCUAGAUGAUGAGGAAGUUUUGCCUGUGAAGGGGAAACAAACUUUGAGCUCAUAUUUCAUCAAACAGAAGUUGAAAUUAGCAAACGAUUUCCAAAACAAUGGCUUACCGUUAACUGAAAUUCAAAAGGAACUUGUAGAUCCAAUGUUUCAGUAUAAAGAUAUGUUAUACGAAUACGAUGAUUAUGCUGAUGAAGAUCAAUACAGAGAUCUGUAUUCUUUACAUGCGCUCAACCACGUCUAUAAGACCAGGGAUCGUAUUUUGAAAAAUAAUCAAAAAUUACAGGAAAACAAUGAUGAAGAGCUAUUGGAUCAAGGUUUUACACGUCCGAAAGUACUUAUUGUAGUACCAACAAGAGAUGCUGCUCACAAAAUUGUCCGGAAAAUUAUGGAGAAAUCAGGGCUUGAUCAAUUCGAUAAGAAAUCGAAAUUUGAGGAUCAGUUCUUCGAAGAUUCGUUACCUCCUACUUCAAAACCUAAAUCCUUUCAGCAUAUUUUCCAGGGUAACACAAAUGAUUUCUUCGUAUUGGGUCUCAAGUUCACUAGAAAAUCCCUAAAGAUAUACUCAAACUUUUAUCAGUCCGAUAUCAUUAUAUGCUCUCCGUUAGGGAUUCAAUUAAUUCUUGAAAACACUGAUAAGAAGAAAAGACAGGAUGAUUUCUUGUCGAGCAUUGAAGUCAUGAUCAUAGAUCAAUUGCAUUCCAUUGAAUAUCAAAACGCCAUGCAUGUGACAACAAUUUUUCAGCAUAUCAAUAAAAUUCCGGAACAGCAACGGGAAGCAGAUUUCAGUCGAAUCAGAAUGUGGUAUAUUAACGAACAGGCAAAAUUCUUCCGCCAAACAAUAGUCUUCACUAAAUACAUAUCACCGUUUGCCAACUCAAUCUUGAAUGGGAAGUGUCGUAAUCUUGCUGGAAGAUGGAAAAAUCAUAGGAAGAUAAAACCUGAACAAUCAAGCAUUGGUCAAUUAGGACUAAAGGUUAGACAAAUAUUCCAAAGAUUUGAUUUAGCAGGAGGGACAGCUCUAGAUGAACCUGAUUACAGGUUUAAAUUUUUUACGAGUGUCAUCGUUCCGUCUAUUGUGAAAUCUACUGGGUACGAGGAUGGUAUAUUAUUAUACAUUCCUGAUUAUACCGAUUUCAUCCGUGUUAGAAACUAUUUGAAAGAAAAAACUACAAUCAUAUUCGGAGAAAUCAACGAGUACUCUAACCAGAAACAAUUGACAUCCAAUAGAGCAAGAUUCCAACACGGAAAGGUGAAGGUCUUGUUAUACACAGAAAGAUUGCACCACUUUAGAAGGUACGAAAUAAAAAACGUCAAGAGUGUAAUUUUCUACAAGCCUCCGGGAAAUCCUGAAUUCUAUUCUGAAGUUGUUCGCAAUAUUGGUAAGAACGUAUUUUUAGGCAACUGUGAUAUCAACAUUUCAACUGUCAGAUGCAUAUAUAGUAAGAUGGACGGUCUUUCUCUAGAGAGAGUCGUAGGAUCUAAACGCGCGGCAGUAUUGGCUCAUGGCCAAAACGAAGUGUACGAGUUUAAAUAG